CUGGAGACAAAGGAAAGGGGAGAAGAUUCCGCCUUCCCGAGUCAUUGCAUCCUCGAGAGGCGAGGUUAUUUAGUACAGUCCACAUUUUUCCUUCUCCGCCCCCCCUCUCGGCCCUCAUUUGCUCUCGCAGGCUCCAGGCUACUAGGUGACGACUAGAGAGGCUGGAGGGCGGUGUAGGGCGAAGUUGCUUCUUGCCUGCCCCUAGUGGUAGGAGGAUUAGGUCCCAGGCUCCACCCUGUGUGGUCCUCCCAAGUUUCUCAAGCCUCUAGCGCUGGGGUCACCGCCACCAAGGAGGGACCUGAGGGCGGUGGAGGAGAGGCAGGAGGAGCGAAUACGACGUGCUGGGAAAAUGACCCCCCACCCCCGGUUCUGGAAUCCCUAAUCUCCUGGCAACGGGCUGCGGAACGUCCGCAGACACCAGGGUUUUUAUAGCAACGGGUAGCAGUGCCCCACCCCGGUCCCCCUCUUUCCAACCUUCCUCCCCAACUCCAACUCCCCGUCCCCCAAGACCUAUAAUAGCGGUUCCUUAGAUCUCCUCGUCUCCCCUCCUGCCGAGUAGCCCAAGAUUUCAACCCAUCUACGAGGUCGGGUGGGCAAGUAGGCUGCCUUGUCUUGGGAAGGGCCUUGGGUGGGAAGAAGGAAAGAGAGGUCCCCGGGGCGAGGGGAUGGAAUCGGAGUUGUGGGAGUUCCCACCCAUUUCCUCCCCCAGGAAGAUAGAAGGCAAUAAUUUUUUUUUUUUUUUUCGGAGAAAAAACAGACAGCAGGAUGGUUCAUCCAAAGGCCUUGUUUAAAUCUGGGCCCUGGGGAUGGUGGUGGGAUGGGUUUGGGGGAAGUGGGCUGGUUUCUCAGCCUAACACAGGCUCCAACUGUUCCCAGGAUGAUGGCAUCCACUCCUGCCAGGAAUGAGGAGAAAAAGGGCAGCCGGCUGUCCCAAGCUGCAGCCUCCUUCGGUGGAGGUCCGGUUUCAUUAUCCCGUUCUGAGGAACUCCUGACCCGGAUCAGCACAGAACUCACUAAUGAGGCCUUGUUUAUCGCUGGCUACCACAUGAACCCUGUGCCCACCAAGGAAAAACAGAUGCAAGACCGGGGCACUCAGAUAUCCAAUCACGCUCAGACAGAAACCGUACCCGCACCAAGUCACACCUCCUGCCAUCCACUUGUGACAAGAACAUUCCUCAAAGCUCCUCUUUCACAACUCGUUAAACACUUCGGUUUGAGGGUGACUCCUGGACAUGAGCAGCAUCACCCCUGAAGACUCUAGUGUUCUGGAACCAUCACACACUUCUCCAUCCUCAGCUGGCAAGGACACCACCAUAAACCCAAGGCUUUAAUAAAGAGGCAGAGAUCCUUCCCUCCU